AUGGAUGCCAAAGAGAUCGACGCCAAGGCGAAGUCCUUGACCAAAGCCGCGACGCAGAAUGAGCCCGCAUCGGUGAUCCUCAACAUGCUCAAAGAUUUACAAAAGGGGGUGCGGGCAACAGAAGACCUGCUUCGACAGACACGCAUCGGCAUCAUCGUCAACAAAUUCAAGCAGCACAAGUCCCCCGAGGUGGCACGGCUGUCGGGCGAGAUCGUGUCCAAGUGGCGGAACGAGGUGAACAAGCAGAAGACGGGCGGCGCAUCGGCCGCAAACCGAGGAUCCAGCGGGUCGCCGCGGCCAGCACAGAACGGGGCGGCCACGCCCUCCUCAACCACGACGUCGGAUAAGGCGUCGAAAUUGUCCGUGCCGCCGGACAAGCGCACAUGGAAGGCGGACGCAGUGGACAUCAACCAGACGGGCAACAAAGUGCGCGACAGCUGUUUGGGGCUGAUGUAUGACGGGCUGUGUGUGGGAUCGACAGAUUCUCCGAAGGCGGUUCUCGCCAAAGCGUCUGCUGUGGAGGCCGCGGCAUACGACACGCUGGGCCCCGAGACGAAGGAGCAGUACCGCACGAAGAUCCGCAGUCUCUUCCAGAACCUGAAGAACAAGUCGAACCCGAUGCUGCGCGUGCGCGUGAUGAGCGGCGAGAUCACCCCGGACCAUUUCAUCCGCAUGACACACGACGAGCUGCGCUCUGCGGAGCAGCGCGACGCCGACGAAAAGAUCAAGAAGGAGAACAUGGACAAGGCCAUGGUUGCACAGGCCGAGCGCAGCAUCAGUACUAGCUUGCAGUGCGGCAAGUGCGGUCAGCGGAAGGUGACCUACACUGAGGCCCAGACGCGCAGCGCCGACGAGCCGAUGACGCUGUUCUGUACGUGUCUGAACUGCGGCAAGUCGUGGCGGCAAUGA